AUGAUGGUGUCGUUCACUUUUACUGCGAGCAUCGCCCUGCUCGUCUCCGCCGUCAUCGCUAUCCCUACGCAGGGCCUCGUCGCAAGACAAGCUACUCUGCCUGAUGAAUGCUCGGAUUACUGCAGUGUCUCUGCGGGCUGUGUUUGCAUUCGCCGCCCCACCAACUGCCAGGCAAGCUACCUCGUCCAAUCCGGCGACAACUGUGGCACAGUCGUCUCCCAAUACAACAACUUCACCGCCCACGAUCUGCUGGCUUGGAACCCUGAGAUCGGCAAGGAGUGCUUCGGCCUACAAGCAUAUGUACCCGUCUGCAUCAGUGUCCCUGGUUACACCUACCCUGGCCCUGUCAAGGGCGGUGACAUCUGGACUCCCGAGGAAAUACCUGUGCCUGUCAUGCCUGGCAUUGUGUCAAAUUGCACCAAGUUCGAAUACACGGACGCAACUGGUGUGCCUGUUCUUGCGAACAUCUUCACGGAGAACAAGAUCACGAAGCAGCAGUGGAACAGCUGGAACUUCCCGACGCAGGACCCAACGGCUGACUGGGCGGCGUGGGCGCAGUACUUUUCUUGUGUCAAGGCCUAG